UUGCAUAAAUGUUUCCCAUACGCUAGGAGUCAUCUGCCUGGUCCAGGCAAGCAUGGUCCAGAGCAUGACGAAAGGACGGUUGAUGUCGCCUGUCUGUUUCUGAUAGAACAAUCGCGCUAGAGAACGAUUUAUGAAAUGUCGCGUACUGGUCUGCCGUUGCUGCUCCAAGCCCCGCCAGAGGACUUCACAUGGUUGCUUAAGCCGGUUGCAGUUCCUUCUCUUCCUGAGGGAGCACUUGCAGCCAUCUUCCAGAGUCUACACCCCCUGGACCUGCUCUCAUGCCGCCUGGUGUGCAAGGCAUGGAGUACGGCAGCGGCGGCGACUGUACGACACAUUGAUGUGCCGUGUAAGGCCCUGGCCCUUGCUGCUGUGGAGGGGGCGGCGGCGGCGGCAGCCGCAGCCGACCGAACUGCGUUCCAUGCUGCUGUCACCAGCAGCACUUGUGCAGCAGCUGGUACCACCGCUGAUGCAAGCAGGAGCAGCGCCAUGAGCACCCCGCAGCAACAUAAGCGGCUUAGUGGCCACCAUCAACAACAACAGCAGCAGCAGCAAACGUCGCAUGAGCACCAGGAUCCCGCUGUUUUGCUGUCGCAGCUGCCUCGGGUGUUCCCCGGGGUGGAGGCGGUGACGUUGUCGGGGCUGGCGGCGGCCCGAGUGCUGGGCGGGGAGGAGGAGGUCACGUUGAGGCUGCUCUCCAGCCAUCUGAGCCGCUGGCGCCACCUCUCCGAGAUAACCCUCAUGGACAUGCCCGUGAGGCCCGCUGCUGCCUACCCGCCUGCUGCUCCUGCUGAUAGCAGGGCGGAUGCUACUGCCGCUGCUGCCACUGCUAGGACGGCUGCUGCUGCACUUCUUACCAGUCUUGCACCGCCCCAGCAGCAAAGCCGUACUCACGCAGCCGCAUGCCGUACCGCCUCUCAUCAGCCCGCCUGCUCCUCCUCCUCCUCCUCUACCCAUCCCUCCUCGUCAUCGUCCUCACCCUCGGAUGGCUGGAGUUUGGGCAGUCUCGCCUGCUGCCGGGAGUUGACACGACUGGAGAUGAACCUCGUGGCUGCUGCUGCUGCUCCUGCUCCUCCUGCUGCUCCUGAUGGUGCUGCUUUUGGGGGACCAGGGAGCACCAGGGCCCGCGCCCACUCCCACUCCCGACCGCUACCCCACCCUCACCAGCUAGCAGCCGGCCAAGCACAUCUGCUGUCGGAGCUGUCGGGCUUGACAGGGCUCAGCCACCUGACGGUGCGGUUGCUGGAUCUGCCCACACCGCUGCCGUACAUCCCAAUCACGAUGAUGAUGCCUCCGCCGCCGCCGCAGCAGCAGCAGCCACCUCCGCCACAGCAGCAGGGGCAGCAGCAGCGUCAACCAUUCGCAUGUCAGCAACAGCAGGGACGUGAGCAGCAGGCACAGGAACAGCAGCGACAACAACAGCAGCAGGGACAGCAGCAACGUGAGCAGCAACGUCAGCAGCGACAACAGCAGCGGCAGGUUCAGUCCCGGCCGGCGGGGGCAGCGAUGACUGAGGCGCGUGAUGCCGCCGCCUCCACUGGCGCUGCUGCAGCCGUUACCGCUAUAACAACAACAACAACAACCAGCGCAGCAGCAGCAGCCUCCUCCUCUCCUGCCAUUGCUGCCGCAACCGCAGCCUCCGCCCCUAUCUUCGCCUGCAGCCUUUUCCGGACGGAUGCUCUUCUGCUCCCAACAGUGGAAAAGGGGGCGUACUAUAGGGAAGGAAAACGGCAUGCGGUUACUUCGGACUUGGGCACGAUGGAGGCGGCAGCGGAGGAGGAAGGAGAGAGGGAGGCGGGUGGGUUGUUGGACGCGGAGGAUUUGGAACUAGAUUACGGAGCGGAUUUGGAUCUAGAUGUUGCACAGUACGACAAGAAACGUACGGCAUCAUGUGGUGGCGGUACGGAUGUGGAUCUUGAUUUGGGUGGCGAGGGGAACAAUAGUCAGUACGAAGGCGAUCAGGAGCACAAUUGCAGUGUUGGCGGGUUUGUUGACAGCUGCGGCAUUCAAACGAUGGGUCGUACGAACCCGCCAUUUGACCGAGUAGUAGUACGGCAAUCUCAUGGCUGCGGCGGAAGCACCAGUGUCGUACCUCGGCGGCUCAAAAGCGGUGCUUACGGCGGCAGCAGUAGUGCGGCCUCAGACGACAACGUUGCAGCUGGUUACCGGUAUGAAGAGUAUGUCGGCAGCGACGACGGUUCGACUUCCCUCGAUGGCCCGACCCCUUCCAUCAGCGGCACCGAUGUCAGCAGCAGCAGCAGCACUGACGGUGACAGCGACGGUGACGGUAAUGGUGACACCGCCGCCGCCGCUGCGGUCCCGGGGUGGCCCAUGGGUCGCUGGCGGCGCCACCGCCACCACCAGCACCAGCAGCAGCACCAGCUGCAAUGGAUCCCCCACCCUGCCCUGCUGGCGCCCCUAGGCCCCCGCCUGCGCUCGCUACACCUGUCCGGCUGCUGUCUGGGGGUUCCUGUAGCAGCGGAGGCAGGCGGAGCAGGAGCGGGAAGAGGCGGCGGAAGAACGGCAGGAGGAGCGGGAGCAGCAGGAGGAGGAGCCCUAGCAGCGUUGGUGGAAGCGUUGCCCGGACUGACCAGUCUGCGGCUGCAGGGGCGGCUGGGGGCGGCUCAUGCGGAUCUGGCUGCAUUGGGGCGGCUGAGGGGGCUGAGGGACCUGCAUCUGUCCCGCGUGCAGCUGCUGUUCCGCCCGCACGACCCCGAGGACUGCCCCGCGGCGCUGAUGGAGGAGCUGUACGGCGCACUCAGGGGCCUGUCGUACUUUGAAACGCUCAGGUUCGAGCUGGACUCCGGCUCCAGCGGCGGACUGCACAGCGCGCAUCUGCUGCCUCUGUACGACAGCCCGCUGGAGGGGCUGCGGGAUCUUAGGCUGGGAGAGAUGGUGCUCGACAGUGACUACUCGCUUCAGCUGCUGGCGGCCCUCACCCGCCUCACCUCGCUGCACCUCACCUUCACCACCUGGCCGCUGGGGCUGGCGGCGGGGGACAUCAGCCUGCUGGCACCGCUGGGGCAGCUCAGGAGUUUCGCGCUGCACAGUUGCCCCUCGGAGCGCUGCCAGCUGCUGGCCCUCAGCGGCCCCGUGCUGGGACACCUGGGGAGCCACUGGACCGCCCUAACACAGCUGCACUUCACGGGUCGGAUCGAUCCCGACUUGCCCAGCGGCCUGUCCUCCUCUCCAUCCUGCUCCUCCUCCUCCUCCUCCGCCUCCUUCUCGUCCACGUCCUCCUCCUCCUCCUCCUCGCCCGCCACCCUUCACGGCAGCCUAGCCGCCUGGACCUCCCUCCGCGACCUCAGCCUGGCCGCCGUACGGGAUGAAGAGGAUGAGGGUGAAGAAGAGGAAGAGGGAAAUACGUUGGAUCCAAAUAGCAUGGAUCAUUACCUGGGUUUUGACCACCAUCUGGUUUACAUGGAUGGGGAGGACGAUGAUGACGUUAACGAGGAUUACCAUGAUGAGGAUGCGGACGAGGACGAUGAAGGAAUCAAACACGAGGAUGUCGAAGAUGAAGAUGAAGAUGACAUCCUUCGGGAUCUGUAUCCGCAUGCGACACCUGCUGCUGCACCAUCCUCCCAACCAACCCCACCACGCCGUCCUCCACCUCCUCUUCCUCUUCCUCCUCCUUCUCUUCCUCCUCCUCCACCACCUCCGGUGGAUCUGGGUGAUCGGCUGCUCAGCUGCGGGCUGCCUCCGGGUCUCACCUGCCUGUCACUGCAGGG